GUUAUUAUCUUUUUAGUAGGUAUCUACCUACCUAGUCUAUUUCCAGUGCUUGAUGACCUUAUUAUAAAGGCGACGUUAUCUUAUCGCUGUUUAAAAGCAUUUGAUUGCAUAACAAUAUUCAUGAAAUAGGCGAUGUGAGUUAUGCGCAUUCUACUCAGGCCAUUUAUUGCGUCCAGACAAGUAUUGCGGCAGCAACUAAAUAAUAAGGUGAUACCAAUAAAGCUAAGACAUCCUUUUACAACAGCUUUAGUGUGGAGAGCAAUGGAAGAUAAAGAAGCCUUGAAAAAGCGUUUAACACCACUGCAAUACCAUGUCACUCAAGAAGCUGGCACCGAACGACCAUAUACAGGGUGCUUCAAUAAAUUUAACGAAGAAGGAGUGUAUGUGUGUAUAGUCUGCAGACAGGACUUGUUUAGUUCAAACACCAAGUUUGACUCUGGUUGUGGCUGGCCUGCAUUCAAUGAUUGCCUAGCUAAAGAUAAAGUCACUUUGCACCAGGAUACAAGUGCAGUUGGAGCGAAUAUAUUACUAGUUUUAACACGGCCAGGUUUGGUGCGAACUGAGGUGCGAUGCUCCAAGUGCUCCGCGCACCUGGGUCACGUGUUCGAUGACGGGCCGGCGCCCACCAAGAAACGUUUUUGUAUUAAUUCUGCCUCGAUGGACUUCAUACCAGCCGAAGAAAGGAAGGAUUAGCUUGUCUUCAAUACUUUUUUUUUAAAUAAGGGUUCAUCCAUUAAUUAUAUCACACGUUUAGAAAAUGUGACAUGUUUUGACAAGCGGGACAAACUUUGUGACGUCACUAUAACUUAUUUAAAUUAUUUUUUCGCUUUACAGUUAAAUAACAAGUUUUUGGAACGAUAAUCUUUUGUAAUCGAUUAAUUUUCUUUCCUAAUCAGUUUUGGAUUAUAAAAUUUCCAAAUUUUCUUGUGUAAAAAAUAUUUUGAUAAAAUAUUAAUAAUACUUAAUUCGAUUUGCCGAUUUCAUUAAAAAAUGUGACGCCACACCAGGGGGGGGGUUGCCAAAUGUGACCAAGUGUGGACAAGGAGGGGGGGAGGGGUCAAAAAACCUCAAAAUUCGUGUGACGUUAUUAAUGAAUGAACCCUAAUACUUAAUGUCGAUAUGUUACCUGUACUAUAAAAUAUAAAUAAGUAAACAAAUAAGACAAGUGAACAAUUAUUUUAUAAAAGAUCCAGUCCCAAGCAACGUAUAACUCAAACUUGAGAGACUCCAAAUAAUUUAAUUAAAACGAACCAACAUGUUUUAUAAAGUAAGUAAUUUGAUUGUCUUGUUACAUAUGUACCUAUAAUUUCUCGAUCAUUGAUGACUAAUGAACGGCAUUCCUAAGUCGUCAUGUCACAGAUUAAUAAAUAGUUACUACGUAACAGAUACAUCAUUCCCAUACAAAAGCGAAAAUACCUACGCUAUAAUAGCCUACAAAAUCUUAAUAAUAAUACCUGCUGCUCAGGACGAGAAGAAAUGUACCAUAAGUACGCGAACAAAGAGUCGAGACUGCCUUGCUCGCCGUGCGAGUCACGUGCCAACGCGUCAUCGUAAGAAUGCGCUAGGGUUGUACUGUUACUUAUGUUAUUAUUGUAAUAAAACAAAUGUUGCGAAUCAACCAUAUUUUUUAUUAGUCAAUCGAAUAUUUAAAAACAACAAUUAUAUUACCUGACUCAAAAAACUCCUUCAUUUACGAUUUACCUACUUAUGUUCAAAGAAAGAAAUGGUGACAAAAUUCAUAAAGAUAGAUUUAAAAUACUACUCGGUAAAUACGACAAAUUUUCCUUGGUUUUUUGACUUUUACACCCAUCUACUGCACAAUAAUUUCGUGGUUUCGGCAUUUCGAAGCGUAGGCGCGGGAAACGCGCGGUGCGAGCGCUCAGGCGGGCGUUCGGCGGCCCUCUGUCGGUUGAAUCGUCGACGAUACGCCGAGCGGUAGGCAUAUAGCGCGUGGCCUUGAGCGAGUGAAGGAGGCCUGCCUAAUCUUCCGCCGCAACAUAUCUUCGCGCGGCGCGCCAUAUCUUUUGUUUAUUUCUAAUUCCCUGGCUUUACGCCCCUUCUUAAUAGUAAACCUAUCAUUGCCCAUUUUAUAUUUACAGUGUUAGACUACACUAUACACUAAUUGUACUAUAGUAUAGAAUAACUAGGUAUACUAAAGACUGUACACGAUAAAACCUGUCCACGCAUGAUAUGGUAAAUCUUUUAAAUGAGUGUGCAUUUUCAAGCAUCACUUUUUUUAAUAAUUUGUGGUUUACUAUCAUUAGGUACAAAUGGAAAAUUGUCCACUCGAAAUUAUACGUCAAAAUAGAAAAAUGACAAUUUAAAAUACAUCAAUUAGGAAAAUUGUCUAUCCAGCGUAAUGUCGAAAAAUUAUUGUCCAAUAGUAAAAAUGUCAAAUAUGAUACAGGUCAAAAAAUAUUUUGUCCAUUUUUGUUUACGGACACUCAGAAAAAAUAUCAAUUGUAAAUAUGUGUUAUUGUGUAUCUGAUAUGAACAUUCUGAAGUACAAUAAUUUAAAUUUUGAUCUUACUUUAUAUUAAACUAUAUUUACUUUGCGUGUAUUUCAUUUUGCUCAUAAUUUAUAAUGGGCAAAAUUCCAUUAUGGCAUAAUUAAUUUACGACGAUUACAAAUUUGGUUAAAAAUGGUUUUUAGCACAAUUACAUCUUGACUAGAUUCACUUUGGAUACUAUUACUUUUGGUCCAACUUCAGAAUGGUCAUUUCAAGUAGACUAUGUUCCAUUUGUACCUUGUACCUAAUGACAGUAAACCAAACUACAUAAUAAAAUUACAAACUGUUUGGUUUGUCUGUGACUUUGAGCAUUAUAUAUUCCACUGUACCUACCUUUUUUUUUUUUUGGCCACGGUCUUCUGACAGUCUUUACCAAAUUCCCCUUUUUUAGGGUUUCGUACCUUAAAAGGAAAAACGGAACCCUUAUAGGAUCACUCGUGCGUCUGUCUGUCUGUCUGUCCGUCUGUCACAGCCUAUUUUCUCGGAAACUACUGGACCAAUUAAGUUAAAAUUUGGUACACAUAUGUAAGUUUGUGACCCGAAGACGGACAUGUAACGUAAACAUAUGAAUUUUAAACAUGGUAUAUAUUUUUACCGAAUGGACAUAUUCAAGCAGUUCUUUUGUUUAAAUAUUCUGUAUAUAUAGUUCUAUAUUAAAAAUACUUUUGGGGGGUAAAAGAGAAAAUUUAAAAAAAAUAUUUUUAAACUAUAUCGUGUUGUAUAUCAAAUGAAAGAGCUUAUUGUGAGAAUCUCAAAUAUAUUUUUUUAUAAUUUUAGGAUAAACAGUUUAGAAGUUAUUCACGAAAAUAGGCAAAAAAUGAGCAUCCCCCCCCCUUUAUCUCCGAAACUACUGGGUCUAAAAUUUUGAAAAAAAUACACAAGAUAGAUCUUUACCUAUAGAUCACAGGAAAACUUAUUAGAAAUGUGCAGUCAAGCGUAAGUCGGACUUAAUUAUUUAGUUUUUGAUCCAACCCCUGUGUCCGAAAGCUUAAAGUUCCGAUUUUACACUUUUCCGAAAAUAUUUUUUUCCGAAUUUCUAAAUUCCGAAAAAUCAUUCUCCGAUCGGAAAUAAAAUAAUUCGAUAUUCAGAAAUUCGGUCUUUUGUAAGGUCGGAAAAAUGAAAUUAGUGGUAUUCAAUUCAAAUUACACUCACGUUUUACUUUAGUAAUUCGGUAUUCAGAAUUCGGUUUUUUGUAAGGUUGGAAAAAUGAAAUCCGUGAUAUUCAAAUGAAGACUCACGUUUUAGUAGUUAUUACACGUGCCUGUCGUGGCGCAUCAUGUUAAUUUCGGCAUAAAAAAAUAAGCAAGAACUGCGACUGUUGCCAGAAGUUGGUUAGGUUAGGUUAGAACUGCGACCCCCAAGAAAACGAACUGUUGCCAGAAAAGUGGGUUAGGUUAGGUGAGAACUGUGUUUUUUUUUUACUGUUGCCAGAAAAAUGGAUUAAGUUAGGUUAGAACUGCGACCCUCAAGAAAACGAACUAUAUCAAUAUAUUCGAAAUAUCGUUAUUUGGAAAUAAAAAAAUUGGGAUAUUUAAAAUAGGAAUCACGUGAUUCCUAUUUUAAAUAUCCCAAUUUUUUUCAAAUUCGAAAUAAGGGCUAUUCAGAAUUCGUUGUUAAAUUCGGUGUUUGUCACCAUCGGAAUUGUUAUAAUCGGAAUUAUGUGCUUCGGAAUUUAAAAUUUCGGGUUAAUGGCAAUUCGGAAUUCGUGAUUUCAAAAAUCGUAAUUGUUAAAUUCGGUGUUUGUCACCAUCGGAAUUGUUAUAAUCAGAAUUAUGUGUUUCGGAACUUACAAAAUUCGGCUUUUUGGGUUUUCGGAAAUAUAAAUCUUCGUGAUUUUCAUCAUUCGUAAUUACCACAGUCGGAAUUUUGAUGGGUCGAGCAUUUAAAAAUCGGAAUGAUAAAAUUCGACAUUCUAAAAUUCGGAAUAAAAGUUUUCGGAAUGUUGUAGUGUACCCGCACAAAACAGCUUGUAAAAAUAUAAACACAAUUGUGGCUCUGUAGCAGGAAGCGAGUGAAGAUACUGAAAAUUAUCAAAAAACUCUGGACAAAUAAAUAAUUAAAGAUAUGAUGGAAUAUAUUCGGCGAAAACUCACACACGCCCGUACAUUGUGAUAUGAUUGUAUUUUUAAUAUAGAACUAUAUAUAGGUAUACAGAUUAUUUAAAUAAAAGUACUGCUUGAAUAUGUCCAUUCGGUAAAAAUGUAUACCAGAUCAUGCAUGACCGGAUUUUAUCGUGUACAGUCUUUAUAGAGUACUUACGAACCAAUAUUAUUUAGUUAAUAUGCAAGAGCACAAAGUUGUACAUGUUCACUGAUAAGUGAUAACCCAGUGAAAGAAGCCACCAAAAAUCAAUUCACAUGAUUCGCAAGUGGUGGUAAAAUAUAAACGUUUACCGCUGCGAGCUGCGAGGCCUUUGAGGCUCGAUAUGAUAAACAACUGCUCUCGAGAGCGAAAUAUAACCUUUUUCAACUCACCACUUAAAUAAGUUUGUUUCAUGGGUGUAUUAAAAAAAUGUACCUAGUUUAGCGUGGUUAAGGACCGGUUACGUAAAUUAACCAUGUAAGUCAUAAUGUGUUGUAUUUAUUGUACUUAAUUCAUACACAUGUAGGUAAGUUUAUAGCAUAAGCCAACACACUCCCAUACAUAUAACUUAAAUAAAAACUGAAACUGAAUCAAUUAACUUAAAUCUAAUUACAGGUCCUUAUAGCUACGUAUGUACAACUUCUUUGCACUUCACCAUCAUGAUAUUCAUGAUACGUAUUCCGUUAUGAUCAAGCUUAUUUUUCCUUUACAGAAUAAAAGUCACUUUUGCCACUAUUUUCAAAACAUAAAGAGCGUGUUCUUUCUGUAUUAAUUAAAAAUAGUCGUGCAGUCUUAUCUCGCGCUGUCGCGUCACGGCGCCUUCGUGCUAAGGCAGCCUGGUGAGGUGAAAAAUAUAUAUUGCGUCACAAUACUAGAUGUAUACAAAUACCUAAUGCAAAAUGGUCUUAGUCGCGAUCUUGGUAGAACAUUUUAAAAUCUUGUUAAGUCAGCAGCAGAAAGCAGUGAAGAUGAGGUAGCUAAAAAAUAAAUCCGCAAGGUUCUUAGUUCCUGUAACAAUAAACUAGUUCUCAUUCGAACACCUUGUUACCCCUAAUCUCUGCUGCAGAGUGCACCGACGCGACGGCCCAUAACCUCUUCUGGAUACAAAAAUACUUCCGUACAUUUUUAACAAAUGUUGGUAUGUAUUAUUAUUCUUUAGUUACAAUUUCCUAAGGCAACAGAUAGUGUUAGUGUAAUAACAGUCAUCAUAAAGUUACCACAAUUAUUAAGUCAUUGUUUUUACUAUUUUAUCUAUUUCAAGUGUUUGAUUAAUUUUAAGAGCGAUUUUUAACAAUAAUACCUAUUUAGUGUUAACUAUUUAUUUAAUUCGACCGCGAUGUAUAAUUUUUGUCUAAUACAUAUUGUCAACAUAACUGAAAUAAAAUAUUUUGAUGUAUUA